ACUACACUCUGACACCACCACCAUCGAUGUCUCAAUGUGUUCGAAAGUUCACCCAAGCUUGGAUAUAUUGAAAUCUAAGCUGUUCACUUUCGUUGUUUUCCCUUUCAUUGUAUCUCUCUCUUGAGGAAAUAUAUUUAUAUAUCAUUAAAUUAUCUUGUCCUGUAUGUCUUUCUCUGGCAAUUUAACAAGAAUCCAUAUUACAAUCAGAAUCUUUUUUAUCUUCACAGUGUUGGUGUCUUGGCUCCUUCUUCAAAGCUUCUUUUAGCUGUAAAUGUAGCUUGGUUUAACCCUAUCCUUUUGAAUGGGGAUGAAAGGGGGGACUUCAUGGUUGACUGCUGUGAAAAGGGCUUUUAGAUCUCCUACUAAAGAUACCCAUGAAGAUGAAAAGAAGAGAGAUAAACGGAGGUGGAUCUUUAGGAAACAAAAUACAAGUCCUGUGAAGAGUGUAGGUAAUAAUGGUGGUGGUGGUGCAAGUACGGCAGCAGCGGAGCAAAGGCAUGCUAUUGCUGUGGCGGUGGCUAAAGCAGCUGAAGCUGAAGCUGCGGUGGCGACGGCACAAGCAGCUUUACAAGCUGCUCGGUUGACUAAACCUAGUUAUGGCAGGAAAUAUCACUUUGCUGCUAUUGUUAUUCAGACAGCUUUUAGAGGCUACCUGGCCAGGAGAGCUCUACGUGCGUUAAAAGGGCUAGUGAAGUUACAAGCUUUAGUGAGAGGUCACAACGUGAGAAAGCAAGCCAAGAUGACGCUUCGUUGCAUGCAAGCACUGGUUAAAGUUCAGUCUCGUGUUUUAGACCAAAGAAUGAGGCUCUCGCACGAUAGUUGCAGCCGGAAAUCAGCAUUUAGCGACACCAACAGUGUAUGGGAAUCACGGUAUCUUCAAGAUAUAUCGGAUAGAAGAUCAUUAUCGAGAGAAGGAAGUAGCAUAGCAGAUGAUUGGGACGAAAGGCCACACACAGUUGAAGAAGUGAAAGCUAUGUUACAACAUAGGAAAGAAGCUGCUUUGAAACGUGAAAAGAGCUUGUCACAAGCACUGUCACAACAGAUGAGGAGAGCUCGAAGGAGUCCAUCAAUGGGGGGACAAGAUGAGUGGCUUGAUCGUUGGAUGCCUGCUAAACCAUGGGAUAACAGAGGAAGAGCUUCAAUGGAUCAAAGAGAUAAUGUCAAAACUGUUGAAAUGGACACUUCACAGCCUUAUUCAUAUUUAGCACCAAAUUAUAGAAGAACAAAUUCAAACCAUUAUCACCAAAGGCCUAGUUCACCUCUCCAUAGGGCUCAACACAAUGCACAACCUUUCCACCCUGCUCCAAUUACACCCUCUCCAUCGAAAACACGUCCGGUUCAAGUACGGUCCGCGAGCCCUCGUUGCGUUAGGGAAGACCGAACAUCGUUUUCAUCAUCACAAACACCAAGUUUAAGGUCCAAUUAUUAUUACACAGGAAGGGUUAGUACUCAAGCUAGUACUAGCAUAAACAAUGCUACUACAUUGCCUAAUUACAUGGCAGCAACAGAGUCUGCAAAGGCUAGGAUUAGGUCUCAAAGUGCACCAAGACAGAGGCCAUCGACACCAGAGAGGGACCGAAUCGGUUCAGCAAGGAAAAGGCUAUCGUUUCCCGUCCCGGAACCAUAUGGUAUCGGGAUGGGGUACAGAGGUUAUGGUCAUAGCUUGAGGAGCCCGAGUUUUAAAAGUGUAAGCGGGUCGCAAUUCGGAUUGGAACGACAGUCUAACUAUUCAUCUUGUUGUACUGAGAGCCUUGGUGGUGAAAUGUCACCAUCUUCAACUAGUGAUCUAAGAAGGUGGUUGAGGUGAUCCCAUCAAUGUAGCUGUUGGUUUUUACUAGUUUUAUAGUGUGUUUCCAUUGUUGAUUUUACCAAUUCUUGGUUGAAAUUCAAGCUUUAUAAGUGAGGCAACUGCGAUGAACCCUUCCUCACUGGGAUCUUUCAUGAGAUUCAUAACCAAAUUGAGUGUGUAAUACUAUAAAGUAACUCUGUAAUUCUGUUUUGUCAUAACUUUUUAAUAUAUUAAAGCUUAUCAUCUUUUCCA